GAGAGGGACACAGAGAGGGACACAGAGAGUGACAGAGAGGGACACAGAGAGGAGCCGCCAUGCAACACGAUGAUGUGAUUUGGGACGUUAUCGGAAACAGACAGUUCUGUUCGUACAAAGUGAAAACAAAGACGCAGAGUUUCUGCCGGAACGAGUACAAUCUCACGGGGAUGUGUAACCGCUCAUCCUGUCCCCUCGCAAACAGCCAGUACGCCACGGUCAGGGAGGAGAAAGGUCAGUGCUUCCUGUACAUGAAGGUGAUAGAGAGAGCCGCGUUUCCAGCUCGGAUGUGGGAGAGAGUGAAGCUGAGCAAGAACUACGAGAAAGCUCUGGAGCAGAUCGACGAGAACCUGAUCUACUGGCCUCGCUUCCUCCGACACAAGUGCAAACAGCGCUUCACCAAGAUCACCCAAUACCUCAUCCGCAUCCGCAAACUCACCCUGAAACGCCAGAGGAAACUGGUGCCUUUAAGCAAGAAGGUGGAGCGACGUGACCAGCGCAGAGAGGAGAAGGCGCUGAUCGCAGCUCAGUUGGACAACGCCAUUGAGAAGGAAUUACUGGACAGACUGAGACAGGGAACGUAUGGAGAUAUUUACAACUUCCCGGUUCACGCCUUUGACAAAGCUCUGCAGCAACAGGACGAGGAGAGCGAGACAGACUCGGAAGAAGAGGAGGAGGAGGAGGAUGCGGAUGUUGGACAAGUGGAAUACGUAGAAGGUGAUGAGCUGGAGGAAAGUGACCUGAGUGACUUUGAGGAAAUGGACAAAGUGCGGGCGGACGGGAAGGAGGAGGAGAUGGAGACGGAAGUUGCCGGAAGGAGGUCGUCGAAGGGGAAGACGCCGGUGAAGGGCGGGGCCCGCUUCAAACGCAGCUUUGUGGAGAUCGAGUACGAGCGAGAGACGGAGUCUGAGCCGGCGGCAAAGGCACGGAGCACGUGAGGAGCCGGCGGCGGCGCAGACACCGAGACUCCAUCACAACAGCCAAGUCACACCACGAGAGAGAGAGACACCAUUCCUCUGGACAGUAAAUCAGCUUUGCUGAA